UGCAGCAGGUGCUGCUGCUACGGCAGCCGCGUUCGGAUAUGGCGACGAUGAUACGAGGUCCGAACAACAAAGCGCUAAGGAUGAUCAGAUGAUGGUAUUGACAAAGAAGAUGAUUGAGAUAAGAAGCAUCUUGCAAAAGGUGGGCCAAACGGGAGCUCUCCAGUUGCCUUCUAUCGUGGUUAUCGGAUCUCAGAGUUCUGGUAAAAGUUCUGUCUUGGAAGCGAUUGUCGGUCACGAGUUUCUUCCUAAGGGAUCAAAUAUGGUGACCCGUCGGCCCAUUGAGCUCACCUUAAUCAAUACACCUGAUUCGCCAUCUGAGUAUGGAGAGUUUCCGGCUCUGGGUCUCGGCCGCAUCACUGAUUUUACCCAGAUCCAAAAAACCCUGACAGAUCUUAACCUGGCAGUUCCAGAAGCUGACUGUGUCUCCGAUGAUCCUAUUCAACUGAAUAUCUACUCUCCAACUGUUCCAGACCUCUCGCUCAUUGAUCUUCCUGGAUAUAUUCAGAUUAGCGCCUUGGAUCAGCCCGAGGAGCUGAAGGCGAAGAUCGCGGCUUUAUGUGACAAAUAUAUUCAACCUCCGAAUGUAAUCCUCGCAAUCUCGGCUGCGGAUGUUGACUUGGCAAAUUCCACGGCACUAAGAGCAAGUAGGCGAGUCGAUCCAAGGGGAGAAAGAACAAUUGGGGUUAUCACAAAGAUGGACUUGGUUGACCCCGGACGAGGCAACGCAAUUCUGAAAGACAGGAACUAUCCCUUGAGGCUGGGUUAUGUGGGCGUUGUCUGCCGGCCGCCGAGCACCAAGUUCUCAUUCGGUCGAAAUGUCAACAUCACAAAUGCCAUCAGCAAGAACGAGAACACCUUUUUUGGAGCACAUCCGGAGUUUGCGGCACCGGAUAGCGGUGUUACUGUUGGCACAACAAAUUUGAGAAAGAAGCUUAUGUCUGUCCUAGAGCAAACGAUGGCCCAGAGUCUUCAGGGCACUAGCGAUGCUAUUCAUCAGGAACUAGAGGAAGCUACCUAUGAAUUCAAGGUCCAAUACAAUGACCGCCCUUUGACGGCAGAAACAUACUUGGCCGAGUCCUUGGAUAAAUUCAAGCACUCUUUCAAGGACUUCACUGAGCACUUUGGGCGACCGCAGGUUCGGCAGCUCCUGAAGCGUGAACUAGAUCAGAAGGUGCUUGAUUUCUUAGCUUCGAGGUACUGGAAUAAACCCCUUAGCGAGGAUAAAUCUUGGAACAGGCUCGACGAACGACCUAUAUCUGAACUGCCCAACACCGAUUCUGAGAACCUUUAUUGGCAGAGACGAUUGGACGCCUCUACAUCUGCUUUGACCAAGUUGGGGGUUGGAAGGCUUGCAACCAAUGUCGUAGCCAACGCUCUUCAGCAACACAUGGAUCGCCUCAUCUCUGAAUCAACCUUUCGCGCACACCCCUUUGCCAAGCAGGCUAUCCAGGAAGCUACAAAUGCAAUUUUGAACGAAAGAUUCUACUCGACGAGUGACCAGGUCGAGAACUGCAUCAAACCUUACAAAUUCGAGAUUGAGGUGAAUGACCGCGAAUGGGCUCAAAGCCGGGAAAAUUCGCAAAACUUAUUAAAGGAGGAACUUAAGGCUUGUGAAGAUUCUUUGAAAAAUUUGAAGAGCAAUAUUGGGCCCAAGAAACUUCUUCAAGUUAUGUCUUUUGUCGACAAGCUCCGGCAAGGAGAACAUGCAGAUAUGAAGGAGGGAACAGAGGCAUUCGGUUUUAGCCGACCCCUGUUACAAAAAGGGAGGGAAGGCGUCUUCCUAAGGGACAGGGCAGAGAUACUUAAGAUGCGCUUGGUUGCUCUCAAGAGCAAGCAGUGCGCAACGUCAGCGAGCAAAUACCAUUGCCCUGAGAUUUUCUUGGAUGUAGUCGCAGAGAAACUUACGUCUACCGCGGUUCUGUUUUUGAAUGUAGAGCUGCUCUCAGAGUUUUAUUAUAACUUUCCGAGAGAACUCGAUAACCGUCUUGGCCGACAUCUCUCAAAACAGCAGGUCGAAUCGUUUGCUAAAGAGGACCCCAAAAUCCGAAAACAUAUUGAGCUUCAACAGCGAAAGGAGCUUCUUGGGUUAGCCCUUGAAAAGAUGGAAAGUUUGAUGGCCUUAGAGAAGAGUAAGAAAGCACCGGUAGUAGGCGAAGGGAGCGUCAGAACAGGCAGAUGGGGCGGGAUUUUUUGUGUUACGGAAUGACGGCGUUCAGUGGAAUGGUUGACUUUCUUCUUGUUUUUCCCCUUCUUUCUCGUCCGUACUUUGACGCAUUUGGGCUUCUUUUUUUUCAGAUUUGUUGGCUGUCUAAUUCUGGUACGAUAUCGUGUGAUGGUAAUUUCCAACUCUUAUCCCACGGCUCCAAAAUACACUUUUAUUCAUGCGAUGGGUAGUUGGGUGCGGUGACUCAUGAAAUUGGGUUUCGGCGGAACGCUUGGCAAAAGAGCGUCAUAACAUAAUAUCAUAUAGGCGAUUUUGGAAAAUGUAUCUAUUAUUAUGAGAAAUACGAUAACAAUGGCAUCUUUUGGUA